UAGAGUGCCAGUUGAGCUUGAUAGAGCCGAGCCCGGAAUGAAAGCGUAGAAGAAGAAGAAGCCCGUUUGUAGCGGCAAUGAAAGGACAGCGUGCCUCUUCUAAUCUAAAGCAAACAUAAGUAAAGUGUCCAUCUGUGAAUCUAACUAUCAAUACAGUACACCACUAAGUUUAGUUCAUCUCCAGCAGAGACUCACUAGACUGCAGCGGGAAGAUGUCCUUGUUUUGUGCAAUUUCCAACGAGGUGCCGGAGCACCCGUGCGUCUCUCCGGUGUCCAACCAGGUGUUUGAGCGAAGGCUGAUCGAGAAGUACAUCGCAGAGAAUGGGACGGACCCGAUGAACGGACAGCCCCUGUCUGAGGAGCAGCUCGUAGAUAUAAAAGUGUCCCAUCCCAUUAGGCCAAAGGCUCCAUCAGCAACAAGCAUUCCUGCCAUUCUCAAGUCUCUUCAAGAUGAGUGGGACGCUGUUAUGCUUCAUAGUUUCACUCUGCGGCAGCAGCUGCAGACUACUCGCCAAGAACUGUCACAUGCCCUCUACCAACAUGAUGCCGCUUGCAGAGUCAUUGCUCGACUUACAAAAGAGGUCACUGCUGCGAGAGAAGCUCUUGCUACGCUCAAACCCCAAGCUGGAUUGGUUGCCCCUCAGGCAGUCCCGGCUUCCCAGCCUGCUGCAGCCGGUGCUGGCGGAGAACCUAUGGAGAUCAGUGAACAGGUUGGAAUGACCCCAGAGAUUAUCCAGAAGCUCCAAGACAAAGCUACUAUCCUCACCACAGAAAGAAAGAAGAGAGGAAAAACUGUCCCAGAGGAGCUGGUUAGAGCUGAGGAUCUCAGCAAAUACCGCCAAGUGGCUUCACAUGCUGGUCUUCAUAGUGCCAGUGUUCCUGGUAUCCUGGCUCUGGAUCUGUGUCCCUCAGACACCAGCAAAGUUCUCACUGGUGGAGCUGACAAGAAUGUGGUGGUGUUUGACAAGAACGAGGAACAAAUUGUGGCAACACUCAAGGGUCACACCAAAAAAGUCACAUCUGUCAUUUACCAUCCAUCCCAGUCCGUGGUCUUCUCUGCAUCUCCAGACAACACCAUCCGUGUUUGGUCUGUCACCGGGGGCAACUGUGUGCAGGUGGUUCGUGCCCAUGAGGGAGGUGUCACUGGACUCUCCCUUCAUGCUACUGGGGACUACCUACUCAGUUCCUCUGAGGAUCAAUACUGGGCCUUCUCUGAUAUCCAGACUGGAAGAGUCCUUACCAAAGUCACUGAUGAAAGUGCAGGCUGUGCUCUCACUUGUGCUCAGUUCCAUCCUGAUGGUCUCAUUUUUGGAACUGGUACGGCUGAUUCUCAAAUCAAGAUCUGGGAUCUGAAGGAGCGCACCAAUGUGGCCAACUUCCCAGGCCACUCUGGCCCUGUCACCUCCAUUGCUUUCUCUGAGAACGGAUACUACCUGGCCACAGGUGCCCAAGAUAGCUCUCUGAAACUGUGGGAUCUGAGGAAACUGAAGAACUUCAAGACCAUCACUCUGGACAACAACUAUGAGGUGAAGUCCCUUGUGUUUGAUCAGAGUGGUACCUACCUAGCUGUAGGAGGAUCUGACAUCCGUGUCUACAUUUGUAAGCAGUGGUCUGAGGUCCUCAACUUUACAGACCAUUCAGGAUUGGUGACCGGUGUGGCCUUUGGAGAGAACGCUCAGUUCCUGUCCUCAGCAGGGAUGGACAGAAGUCUCAAAUUUUAUAGUUUGUAGGAAAGGGUAAAUCUAGUGUGAAGACAGGAAGAUAAAGAGGAUGAUUGAUAGUGGCUACCCUAUGUCUGAACACUUGCUCUGUGUGAGAGUAACUUGUCCCCAAAAAGAAGAGAAAAAAAAUCACUGCUAACUUUUCUUCAUUAGUGUGUCUGUCCUUUUCCAGAAAAAAGAUCCCAUUGAACCGUCUGCUUUAUAAAAACCACAGCUGCAUGAUAAGAAUAUCGUGUUUGUUGGCAUUGUUUGUCUAAAGUGUAAAUGAUGUGAAAUAACAAACAAAAGCCAGUCCAAUGCUAUGGUCAGAUUUUCCAGCAAAUACAACUAUAUUGUAGUAUUUUCUCUAAGGUGUGUGGGGGUCUCAAGUUGAAAUAAAGCUCCAUAGUGGUGGUGUACGCCAUAGAGAGCUGUAAGUGGUAUGGCCAUAAUCAGCUUUGCUUCUUAAUGUAGAUCAGUCACAUUACAGAUUCCUUAGUUUAAGAUGGUGGUAACAGUACAAUAUAGUUAAAACAGGUGUGAGGUUUUUGUUCCUCUGUGAAAAAUAUUCUUGUUUUACCCCCCCCCCCC